UAUUUUACCAACCAAUAGUAACUACGUAGUUACCGCGUAGAUUUUGCCGCGCAAACAUUGUGAUCACUACUCGUUAGAUAAUUAGCCGAAUAUUUUUGGUGAUUUUAACUUAAAAGUUUAUAAAGAAUGGUUGAAUCUGAUCAAAGCGACAAAGAAAUAGAGAAUGAAAUGCCUUCCUUGGAAGUUUCUGGUAAUACCAUUAACGAUAAUGAAACUGGACAAAAAAGAUUACGGGAAGACACUUCAGAUGAUGAAAGUUUACCUUUACCUUCAAAGAAAAUAUGUACCUCUGUAGAUGAAGCUAUGCCUGAAAAACAUGAAGACAAACAUAUCUCGGAAGCAAAUGGUAUUAUUGAAAAUGUAAAAGAAAAUGCAGAUAGUAUAAAUACUGAGAAUGAAGGUAAGAAAAAUAAAUUCAUGUCAGAAGAAAAUACAAGUGAAAGCAUGGAAGAAACAAAUAAUACAAAAUCUGAAACUGAGAGUAAGGAAAUAACUACUAACAAUGACAGUGCAAUCAAACAAGAAAGCGAUUCUCAGAUUAAAUCUGAUACAGAUACAAAACAAGAGGAUAUUAUAUCUACAACGUCUGAGACCAACAUUGAUACAAAAAAUUCUCUAACAAAAGAAGAAGAGGAGGAAGAUGGCAUCAAGAAGCAAAAGAAACAUAGUAAAUCAUCAGUUGGAGAUGCUGAAGUAGUGGAAGGUUUAGAACUUUCAGUAGAGUGUGCCAGUGACAAAGAUUCUUCGAGUUCUUCUGAAAGUGAAAAUGAAAAGGAUAAAAAACCUGCAGCAAAAACUAUAAUUGUUAAAGCUAAACCUAAUGAUUCAGAACUUGAUGCCAGUUCAUCUGAUACGGAAAAACCAAGUCCAGAAAGUGCAUCUCAAAAUAAAUCUAAAAAAAGUACAAAGAAAGGAAAAAAACGAAGUCGAACAUCUUUCAGUAAAGCAAAAAGUACAGAUUCUGAAGACAAUGAAAAUUCGGAUGAAGAUUAUAGCCCAAAAUCAAAGAAAAAGUCAGUGGCAAAUAAAAAAAUUGCAAAAUCACCAUCAGAAUCAAAAAGAGGACGUGGAAGAGCAAAAAAGACAACUAAAAAAGCAGCUGAAACAGAUGAAGAAGAUGAAAAUCUUAGUGUAACAGAAGAUACAAAAGCAGAGGAAAACAUAUCUGAUGUAGAAUUAACAGAAAGUGAAAAUGAAAGUCUUGGUGAUGAUGUUUCGAAAGAUGAUAAAGGGAAAAAAAGAAGUAAUAAACCUGAAGAUGACAGAAGAAUACAAGUUUUGAAAAAGUACAUUAGAACUGCUGGAAUACAUGUAAAAUGUUAUAAUGAUCUCUGGGCUGGAUGCAAAUCAAAUGCUGCAAGAGUAAGGUGUCUCAAACAGUUAUUAGCUGAACAUGGAGUCAAUGGUAGACCAACUUUAGAAAAGUGUAAAAAAGUUAAAGAAAAAAAGGAAAGACUGAAAGACAUUGCUGAGUUAAAUACAAGCAAUAUUAUAUCAGAAGGACGUAUUACACGUGCUCAAAGGAAUAAGGAUUCAAAUAAAGGCUCACCAAAAGCGCUGGAAACACCUACAAAACAACGUGAAACACGUAAUACGUAUAAAAGGGUUUUGAAUGUUAUUGACAGCGAUUCUGAAUGAAACACAAUGAACUUUUGAAUAAGUAUUUGAAAAUUGUAAAAUGCAACUACAUUGAUUCUUUACUUAUCUGAAUAUGCUAAAGGAACAUCACAAUCCCAGCAGCAAAAAUGUUUCACGUGGUAAUUAUGGCCUUCUGCUACGGUAUAUUCUCGUACAAAAAUAAG